AUGACUACCACCCAACGCAGUGAGAGCAUGAACAGUGUGUUUAAAAGAUAUGCCAGCUACAACCAUGAUUUGUUGCAGUUUUUCCACCAUUUUCAAAGGUUAGUCGAUGAUCCCCGCUACGAAGAACUAAAAGCUGAUUUUAGAGCAACUCAAAGUACUCCAUCUUUGUCCUUUCCGGUAGAAAUGUUGAAGCAUGCAGCAAGUAUGUACACCUCAGAUGUGUUUGUGUUGUUUCAGAGGGAGCUAAGCAAGGCUCAUGAUUGCAACUUGAAAAAAUUUGGUGAGAGUGGAACAGUAAUUGAAUAUGAUAUCAGUCCUUAUGGCAAGGAUGAUCAACACUAUCUUAUGGAUUAUUAUGUUCAUGACAUGCACUUAAAGUUCUUUGCCAUAACAACGUUACAUAUUGAAAAGGUGGACAAAGAAUGCAAAAUCAGGGAGUACAGGUACUUGUGCAUGGACAAGCUUGAUCGAAGAUCCAAAGGCAUUGAUGGGAAGACAAUACAAAGAGAAGCUUAUAAUAUUGCUUUGGAUUGUCUUAAAAAAAUUGCGGAAGAAGUGGAUGCAAGUUUGGCUGGAGAAAGUAAUGAUGGGACCUCUAAUGCCAAUAAUAAUGCAUCUCUGGAGAAUGAAGCUACCUUGGUGAAAGGAAUUGAGAAAAGAGUUAAAAGGGUUGAAAGUUAA